AUGCGGCCAACAUACGCGAACGGAAGCGAAUGCUCAGGACGCUUUGCACUCCCUCCUCUCCCCAGCAGUAUAAACUCAGCUUUCGACGAGCUGAGGACACACGUGCCGACUUUCCCCUACGAGAAGAGACUCAGCAAGAUCGACACUUUGCGCCUCGCCAUCGCCUACAUCGCGCUGCUGAGGGAGCUGCUGACGUCAGAGCUGGACCCCGUGACGCACAUCGAGAAAGGGCUGAGGGGAGAGCUGCCCUCAGACCAGUGCCACGUCUGGAACACGUCAGACCUGACCGCCCGCCUGUCUUGGAUCAACUGGGAGAACCUCGGGGUGAGCCCCACCCGUCGCUCCAUCUUCUCCACCGUCGGGCACAACGCAGAUAGCCUGGCCAACUGAGGGGGAUGGGUGGAGAGAGGGUGAAGUAGGGAGAAAGUAAAUGAGGG